UUCAAAGCGAAAGCUUCGACCAACGGUGCAGCAAAAUGAAAGUAUUUUCGUUUCUUUUCGUUAUUUUGAGCUAUUCAAGCUAUUUAUCGAUAGCUAAAGAGGCGGAUGUAACUCCUCAGGAGUGGCUGGAUCCUUGGGAUAUGACUAAUUACGAUGCAGCUACUAAAACCAUCGACGAUGGGGGUACUUUAAGUAACCUUCCUAGAGAUGGAGAUUCCACUCCCAACCACAACCCAUCUGCAGAGAGGCUUCAAGCACAGCUGACACAGUGUCACAAAAAUUUGGAGAAGCUGCCUGCACAGUGCCAGGGAUGUGCUGAAAAACCUGUUGCCAAAGCCUCACCAUGUGAAACGCCACACUUUAAGAGAGUAAUCAGAAUCAUAUUAGGUAAUCUUGAGGAUCGUGGUGCUCAUGAAGUGACAGUUACUGCUUCCAAGGACAACAUUGCAACCUUGGAAAAAUUCAUCAAAUCUGACAAAGGAAACAUCCAAGAUGCUGCAGAAGUAGUCAUUGCUAUUAUAUCUAACUUUAAAGGCAAAGAUAGCGUUUAUGACUUUAACCAGUGGGACUUGCUAUCCUUCUCUUAUGUGACUAAAGAGGCAGUUCUUGUCCUAGCUGCACUGUUUUUUGUGGUCUGUGCUGCACUAGUAUUUGAGAAGCAUACAACUUUGACAUGGCAGAGACAACUUUGGUGUGUGCUUUUUCUGUGCUUUGCUGUCAGUAUUCCAUGGGAGUGGUACCAUCUGUACAGAAAGGCAUUUGCUUCUAAACAAGCACAGAUGGGGAAGAAUAUUCCCAAGGAAUGUCGCCCAGAUCAUGAGUUACAACCACUUGAGUCCCUAGUACUUUGGUUUAGGAACUCAUUUACUUUCACGAAUGACAUAUGCAUCAAAUACCAGGAAACAUUGCUUGUUGAUCCAUUCUGGGAAAUUUCUCCCUCUAGAGCAAUUUCUGCAACAGUGGCAACUGUCAUUGCUCAACCAUUUGAACACAUUGCUGAGUCUUUGGGCAAGGGUUUUCGAGCUUUGUUCAGAGAGGUCCCACUUCAGUGGCAGCCAUUUGUGUUUAUUGCUGUAAUCUUUCUUGUUGUUAUUGUCAUCUUCACAAUUAGUGGAUUACAGAUAAGGCUGCCAUUUAUUAGCAAUGCCCCGGCCAUGCCCGGAAAUAUCCACGGAAAUCUUCAACAGCUUCAGAACCAACUCCAGAACAUUGAGCGGCAGUUAAAUAAUGCACCUGUACAGCCCAGAAAUGCAAUUGACAAUGCUCCCUUACAAGAAGCCAUCCACAAUCGGCUUGGGCAGGUUCAUGAUAUUUUGAAUGGUAUGAAUGAAAGACAAGAGAGAUGGGAGGAGACCAUGCAAAGAGCCCAGCCCAUGAUUCAACAAGCUCCUCAGCCAGUACAAGAGGGCCUUGGUCAUGCAGAGGCAGGUGCUAUUGUGGUUGGGGUACAAGAAGAGAGGCCUGAGAUACCUACCCCACUAGGGACACUCCCUAUCUUAGAAACAUACCCUGUAACAGAGACUUCUGAUCGGAGAGUUCCUGUUCAGCAUAUAGAUACUGCUCAUGCGAGGGAAUUUGACUUGGAGGAAUCUUAACAUAUUCGUACUUAAAGGUGGUCCUAUGCAUGCAUAUUAAGAUCUGUAAUAUUGUCCAAUUUCUGCAAGUGGUGGAGGCAAAAUGCAAAAGCCCAAUACCCUAAUUUAUUCGUGGCUCUUUCUGAUGAAAUUGGUUAAGGUUCCAUAGCAUAGGAGUAUAACUGGAGGUUAGGAAAAAACUAGAAAAAAAGCGUCAUAAUAUCAGUAAAGUUGAAAUGGUAAAUUGGCCACCAUAAUGAUUACAAAA